CAUAAAAGUUGGUUUUAAAAAUAUUAUUACGUUAUAUUAAAUGAUAAAAAGCAGUGUAAUGUGAUUUCUAAACCCGUGUGCACUACAUUCAAUAAAAUUUUCCGCAUAUCUCACAUAAACUAUGGAUAUCUACAACAAGUUGAGUGAGUCGAUGAACAAACUUGAAACACUAUUCCAGUCUCGUAUGACUCAGUAUGAGUCUGAGCUGAAAAUGGCUGCUUCGGGAGACUCACAGAGUGUUCACAAGACUAUAGCUGGCUUGUCACGGGAUUUCAUGGAGUUCCGUCACCUCAUUUGGCAAACGGUGAGCACGCUCAAGACUCAAAUGGAGUUGGUGUUGGUGGGAAUGGACAGGUUCGAGAUGGCGUCCCGAUCCAAUGUGCUGCUGUUUCAUGGGAUACCAGAGGAAGAUAAUGUGACACAAGAAUCUCUUAUUUUAAAUAUUGUAAACACCAACAUGAAACUGACGACGAUCACAGCCGACGACAUUGUAAAGUGUCAUCGGUUAGGAGUCACUCGUACCAGUAAGCCUCGCCCCCUCCUAGUUCGAUUUCAUGACUUUCGUCUUCGUAACAUUGUGUGGAGCGGCAAGACGUCACUAAAGGGUACUAAGGUAACGCUAUCAGAGUUCCUUACAAAGACAAGGCAUGAGGUGUUUAUGCAAGCGCGAAAACAUUUUGGAAUCCGUCGCUGCUGGACCUCGGAUGGUCGUAUUGUCGUCCUCCUCCCAAAUAAAUCACGGUAUAAACUCGAGACCGAAGCUGAACUGGCGUCUCUGAUGUCUCAAUAUCCAACAUCUGAAACUGAGCCGUCAGAGAAUAUAUCAAAGGUAACUCCUAGUGGAACUGACGUGCAGAAAAAGACUGGUUUUGGAUCAAAACGCCUCCCCAGGUCAAAGUAGACAAGUUUAUUAUUUACUUUUGUGAAUUUAGGUUACUAUUCGAUCUU